AUGAACUACUUAGUGCUGCUCAUAAUUUUCUCUUUCAUUUGUCCUUGGCACUGCUCCGAAGCUGCUCCAUUGAUAAGCAUACAGUCUAACUCCCGAUCAAGGUCACAGAGAACGAUGGGCGGCCUUUUGAGAACUGUCUACGACAUCAGUGUUCAGGACAACGUAAACGACUCGACCGGGCAAUUGGUGCACACCCGACAGGCUGCCUUCGACUCGGAUCUUAUGAGUCCGGCAGAACUGAAACAAGCUCGCCAGCAGUUGGUAGUGAUCUAG